AUGUCAAAAACCCUGGAGCUGCCCUUCCGCCCGGACGCCCAGCUGACCGAGGUGAUGCGUCUACGCGUCCAGUCCUUGCAGCAGCGUGGCCAGAAACGUCAGGAGGGCGAACGUCUUCUGCAGCCCAACGAGGCCGUGUACCGCCUGGAUUUUUCCAAGCAGUCGCUGCGCUUCUCUCAUUGGACGGUGCGUCUGGCCCAGUCAGGCAGCCUCACCAUCACGGCCACGUCCCAGCUGUGGACGCCCGACCUUACCCACUUGAUGACCCGCCAGCUUCUGGAACCCCCAGGGGUCUUUUGGAGGGGGUCGGGUGACGCCUACGAGCGGGGUACCAAGUGCUACGAGGCUGACGCGCACGAGUUCGGUGAGCGCAUCGCCGAGCUGGCUAAGGUGAGGAAGGUCAUGUACUUCCUGUUUGCUUUCGGGGAGGGUUGCAGCCCAGAGACGGUGGACUGCUCCAUCACCUUUACAGGGGACGGCUGA